AGAGAGGGAGGGAGAAGACAGAGAGAGAGGGAGAAGACAGAGAGAGAGGGAGAAGACAGAGAGCCGAUGGAGAUGUGGUUCCUGUUGGCUGUUCUCCUGGUGGUUGCGGCGCUGUCACUUGGGAAAGUUCUGCUGGGCAGGAUCCGCAGACCUGGAGAACCACCUCUAGAACAAGGCUGGAUCCCUUAUUUUGGCAAGGCAUUUGAGUUCCAUCAUGACUCUUUAGGAUUUCUUCUCUCUCGUCAACAAAGAUGGGGUGACGUCUUCACAGUCUACAUCGCCGGCAAGUACAUGACCUUUAUUUUAAAUCCGUUCCUCUAUCAGUUUGUGGUUCAGUGCAACAAGCAAUUAGACUUCCAAGGAUUUUCACUGGAGCUGUCAGCCAAAGUUUUUGGCCACCCUUAUCUGAAUGAUCCCAAAAUACCAGUGUGCAUUGAAGAAAUUCAGAAGCUCUACUCCUACCUAAUGGGUGAGGAGCUAAAUAUUUUGAAUGGAAGAAUGAUGAAGAAUCUUCAGAAUGUAAUGAAACAAGAGCAGUUGGGGCCAACAGAGUGCAGAACAGAGGGUAUGUACAGCUUCUGUUGCCGUAUCAUAAUUGAAGCCACUUAUUUAACUCUAUAUGGAAAGGCACCCAAGGACGAGCAAGAAGAAAUCACUGAAUUAAAAAAGAAAUUUAUUCAAUUUGACAAAAUGUUUCCCUACCUGGUUGCAAGGAUCCCCAUUGAACUUCUAGGCAACACCAAACUGAUUCGCAGAGAACUGACCAGUUAUUUCACAUCGAGAAGAUUGGAUCAACGACUAAAUCUAGCAAAUGUAAUCAAAGAGAGAAAGAAUUUUCUAGAGACGUAUUCAUAUCUGCAAGAUCAUCAGAGAGCAGCACAUCAUUUUGCCUUCCUGUGGGCUGCUCUUGGAAAUACAGUUCCAGCUGUAUUCUGGGCCCUGUAUUAUCUGGUGAAAAAUCCAGAAGCCCAUGCAGCUGUAUGUGAUGAAAUUCAGCAUGUGUUCCAGGCAGCUGGUCAAAGAGCAAGCCCUGACUUCAACAUCAGCCUCACCAGAGAACACUUAGACAGCAUGGUGAUCCUAGGAAGUGCCAUAAAAGAGAGCUUUCGAUUAUGUAGUGCCUCUAUGAACAUCCGAACUGCUCAGGAGGAUUUCACCUUAAACCUUAAAGAAGGACAGAGCAUCAAACUGAGAAAAGGCGAUUGGGUUGUCCUUUAUCCUCAAAUUCUACACAUGGAUCCAGAGGUUUAUGAAAAUCCUGAGGUGUACAAGUAUAAUCGCUUUGUGGAAAAUGGAUCGGAGAAGACUGCCUUUUACAAGAGAGGAAGGAAACUUCGGUAUUAUUUGAUGCCUUUUGGUUCUGGAUCCAGCAUGUGUCCGGGGAGACACUUUGCAGUCAGUGAGAUCAAAAUGUUUCUCUCAAUAAUGUUAGCUACAUUUGACUUGGAAAUCAUUGAAGGAGAAAAGCCAGUUGGACUUAAUAAUGACCGGGCAGGCCUUGGUAUCGUGUUGCCAGAUUCUGAUGUUCAGUUCCGCUACAAAUGGCAUCAGUGAAGAAAGAUACUACAUUUCCACUUUCAAACCGAGAGAAUGAUAUGUUGGUCAGUCAGGACUGGCUGAAGGAAUGGGGGAAAUGCUUGCUGACCUUGAUUGAAUCAAAUCUGGGAAAUUCUAAACAGCAUUGUCUAUAUUAUUCUCUACCUUUGAUUUAUUGUUUGUGUUCACAGUAUAGAGAAAAAAAAAUCCUGUUUAAUUCUGAGUGGUGCAUAACUUUUAACCUGAUGCUGAAUGUGAGUUGGAAUGGAUUUGAGUAUCGGCACCAGUCAAUGUGAAUUUUCAUGUAAUACAAAUAUUUUUAAGGAGCUGAACUGGGUGAAGAUGGCACUGCAGGGCUCACAUGAUUUUCCAUCCAUUCAAAGUUUUUCAGGGACUCCAGCCCUCCGUAAGUAAGUAGGGAAAUUGUAAGGUGCAAUUAAUCCAGGCCAGCCUGUUCAGAUGCAGCAAGCUUGCAAUCUGUGCCUGCCACUUCAGUUUGUGAUUGAAAUGUGAGGCCACUGCUGUUGAAUGGCUGGACAUCUGAACAGGGGGAGUCAGAAAGUUGGUGGAAGCUAGCACAGUUAUGAUGCUUACAGUCAGCCUGCACCUUUUAACCUGAGAGGUGCAUUUUGAUUGCAGAAGGUGCUGGAAGUAAUUUUAAAAAGCAAGAUUAACCGAAGAAAGAAACAAUAAUGGUACAGUUCUAUAAAGAGCAAGCUCUAGAUUUAUUUUUGGCAGCAACAGAAGUAUGGAUGCAAGACGUGGACAGGGUACCCUCUGGACAUUAAUUCAUUCACGCUGCUUUUGAGUUGAUCUUACACAAGUGGCUAAGGUAAUCAAAAGUAACUUUAAAAGGCCAUUUCCCACCAACUAUGUCACUAGCCUCGCACACACAACUUAUAUACCAUAUCGCUAUCAUUCACCAUCCAAACAUCCUACUGAACAACAACCCAAACCUCUCAUUUAUGAUUUCACAUCACCCUUUCACUCUUGUAUUUAUAACUGUCAAAUUUCACACCUUGGCUAGAAAUGUUGUCUGCUCCAGUCUGCGAGGAACCCAGACCCAAAAUGGUCACCUUCACUCACAAGACCAUCAUCGAACAGCUGAGAGGCUGCAGGUAUCCCCGUGACAGGGGACUGAUUUCACUGAGCAGCCCACUGUGAGCAAGGAGGUGAUCAGACACUCUACCCUGGAUGUUUGUGGAAUAAUGGAGAUUCAGUGAAGUUUUCAGAAUAGCAGAAACUGCUAAGUUCAAAUAGUCCACAUCCUGGGCUACAGCAAGGGCCAUAAUCCACGAGUAGGUAGUUACAGUUUUAUCCAGUAGAUGUAAAGGCUAAAACAGUCUGUAUAAUUGUUAGAAAUAAAUCACAAGCUCUUUAAAACAAAUGAAAGAUUUUGAGCUACUGCUGUCAUUGGAUAUUUAAAUAACUGUUCUAGGAGUUAAAAUAUCUGUUUCUUCAUGUUUACCAAAGACCUCUUUAUGAAUCUGAUUUCAACAAGUUACAAUUAUAUCAGCACAGCAUUCAAAAUUUGCAGUUUAUUAAAGGAUUAGCUGUCUUUGAUGUGGGUUUGUGAAUAGAAGUUUGCUUCAUAAGAGACUACACACUUGAUGAUUGUAAAUUGUUUUAUUACUGUAAGGACUGUAUUACAAACUCAGGCCUUUUUUUAAAUUUUAUCUCAGCGUGGUUCCUGAGAUGUACUAAUGGUGGAUAAGACCAUAAGAAAUAGGAACCCAGAGUAGACCAUUCGGUCCCUCAAGCCUUCUCCCCCUUUCAAAAGGAUCAUGGCUGAUCUGACCUUCCUCACACCCACUUUCCUACACUUUCCCUCCAACCCUUGAUUCCCUGACUGAUCAAGAAUCGAUCCACCUCAGCCUUAAAUGUUCACAUGGACUCUGUCCCCAUACAUUGAGGUUCAAGUCCAUAGCUCCCUGAAACUGGCCACGCAAGUAAAUAGGGUGAUGAAGAAGCUGUAUGCCAUGCUUGGCUUUAUUGGUUGGGGAAUUAAGUACAAGAGUCAGGACAUCUGACAAAAAUUCUCCUGCACCUCCACACACCUCAUCUAAUGUGUCUGUUGCCCUGACGUGGUCCCCUCUACAUUGGGGAGACAGGACACCAAAUUGUGGUUUGUUUCAGAGAACAUCUCCAGGACACACACACUAAACAACCCCACUGCCCUGUGGCUGAACUGUUCUACUCCCACUCCCACUCCGCCAAGGACAUGCAAGUCCUGGGCCUCCUCCACCACAAAAUUCUAGCCACCCGACGCCUGGAGGAAGAAUGCCUCAUCAUCCACUUUUGAACCCUCCAACUACCCGGGAUCAAUGUGGAUUUCACCAGUUUCCUCAUCUCCCCUCGCCCCACCUUAUCCCAUAUCCAACCCUCCAACUCGGCACUGUCCUCUUGAACAGUCCUACCGGUUCAACUUCCUUCCCAUCUAUCGGCCCCACCCUCAAAACCGACCUAUCACCUUCUUCCCCACCUGCAUCUACCUAUUUCCUUGUCAGCUACCUUGCCACCAGCACCCCUUUCCAUUUAUCUCUCAGCCCCCUUACCCCUACCUCUCACAUUCCUGAUGAAGGGCUUGUGCCCGAAACGGCGAUUCUCCUGCUCCUCAGAUGCUGCCUGACCAGCUGUGCUUUUCCAGUGCCAUACACUUUGACUCUGACUCUCCAGCAUCUGCAGUCCUCACUUUCUCCCUGCAAGAGUCAGGAUGUCGUGUUGCAGCUUUUUAAGGUUUUGGUUCGGCCAUGGGGCUGACAAUAUUAUAUUCAGUUCUGGUCGCCAAGAAAGAUGGGGAGGCUUUGGAGAGGGUGCAGACAAGGUUUACCAGGAUGCUACCUGGAUUAGAGGGUAUAAGCUAUAAGGAGAGGCUGGACAAACUAAGGUUGUUUUCACUGGAGUGGUGGAAGCUGAGGGGAAACAUGACAGGAAUCUAUAAAAUUAUGAGCUGCAUAGAUAGGGUUGAUGGUCAGAAUUUUUUUCCCAGAGUUGAAAUGUCUAAAACUGGGGGGUAUGCAUUUAAAGUGAGAGGGGGAAAGUUCAAAGGAGAUGUGAGAGGCAAGAUAUUUACACAGAGAGUAGUAGGAAUGUGGACCACACUGUCAGGGGUGGUGGUGGAGCUAGUUACGAUAAGAGUGUUUAAGAGACAUUUAGAUAAGCACAUGAAUAUGCACAGAAUGGAGGGAUGUGAACCCAGGGUAGGCGAAGGGAUUAAUUUAAUUUGGCGUCAUGUUCGGCUCAACACUGUGGGCCGAAGGGCCUGUUCCUGUGUUGUACUGUUCUAUGUUCUACCUCUCUGUGGCAAGGAGUUCCAAUCAUUCUCAACCCUCUGAACGCAGAAACUGCAAAUCAUCUCCGUCUGAAAUGGAUGUCCUUUUAUUCUGAGACUGUGCCCUCUGGUCCUAGACUCUGCCAUGAGCAGAGAACCAAGCUUGGCCUGUUAACCAGCAUGCCUCAAUACUCUGCCAUUCCCAUGUGUGCCUCCGCUCUGCUUCCCAAGUGCUGGCCCCAAACCUGGCCAGCUGCACCCCUCCCCCAUGAGUAUUAGAUCAGACACAGCUGUCUCAGGAGUGAAACUCUACCCCACUCUAUUUCACUGAAUGUUAAGGAGAAUUAUUCUGUGUGCAUGCCUCUUAGCGAGAGUUCUUCUCCUUCACCACCUCAUCCCUCUUACAGCAACUGAAUAUCCUCUGUGUCACCUCUGCUUCAUCUCCUGGUCAUGCUGUAGGCCAAGGGGAAUAGAAACUGCUGUAACAAAGAUUGGGAGCAGGAGUGUGAGCAGAACCCUUGGAGUGAGAACCAAACUCUUUACCAUGCACCAUUCCACUCUGUGUAAACUUCAACUUUAAGUAAUAGUACAAACAAUUAAGGCUGUGCUAUAUCUAUCCUAGGGUAAAAAAUGAGGUCUGCAGAUGCUGGAGAUCACAGUUGAAAAUAUGUUG